GGCUGGUGUGGGGUUAUUCCCCAUCAGAAGCCCCCCACUCUCCGGGUUCCUUGGCAGCUGGCAAUGGAACGCGCGAGAGUAGAAACACUGUGGAUGGGGUGGCGGAUGGGCCCGCGUGUUGAUCGGUGGACAAGUGGUGACGUUUCGCCUUCCCAAGCAAGGUGGCAGCCCAUCAUCCAAGCCAUCAACCCAACGAAGACCCAGGCUCGCCUUGCAUCGGCGAGUCCACCGGCCAUUCCUUCAUCAGUGGAGCUGCUUCACCUUCUUCCUACCCUCCGUCGUGCCCAUGCAACUACUAGUGGAAUUGCGGCAAGCGGUACUAAGAUUAUGCGUUUCUAUGUUUUAACUCUUGUAAGGCGUGUGCGCCAUGUAUUUCCCCUUUUCCUCUUGAGGAGGACAGAGCCGAGCGCGAGUGUUGACCUUCAUCCAGGAAGAAAAUCCAGGUAUGGCCUAUGCUCGUCCAUCCUUUUGAGGAGGCCAGAGCCGAGCGCGAGCAUUGACCUUCACCCGAGAAGAACAUCUGGGGAGGAGCGUCGAGCGCGAAUGUUUGACCUUCAUCCGGGAAGAACAUCCGGGUAUGGCCUGCGCUUGACUUCCCUCCCCAAAGAGGAGCUCCAAGCGCGAGUGUUUGACCUCCAUCCGGGAAGAACAUCCGGGUAUGGUCUGCGCUCGACCUUCCUCCUGAGGAGGAGCGCCGAGCACGAGUCUUUGACCUUCGUCCCGGAAGAACAUCCGGAGGAGCGCCGAGCACGAGUGUUUGACCUCCAUCCAGGAAGAACAUCCGGGUACGGCCUGCGCUUGACUUCCCUCCCCAAGGAGGAGCGCCGAGCGCGAGUCUUCGACCUCCAUCCGGGAAGAACAUCCGGGCAUGGUCUGCGCUCGGCCUUCCUCCUGAGGAGGAGCGCCAAGCGCGAGUGUCUGACCUUCAUCCGGGAAGAACAUCCGGGUAUGACUGUUUGUUUCAGCCUCUUAAUGGUUCAGAUGUCUGAAUGGUUAAGAGAUUUGCCUCUGAAUGGUUAAGUAUUAUACAGAGUCUGAAUGGUUAAGAGCUGUUAUCUGAAUUGAUCAGACAUUUGCCUCUGAAUAGUUAAGCAAUAUACUAGCUCUUAAUGG